AUGAAAGAAGGAAAACAGAAAGUUGUAGUCAUCCAUGGUGAUCCCAAAAAUAACAAACGGCCCCGGGAAAAAAAAAGAAAUUCAGCGGACAACAAUGUAAAUGACUCUACUUGCAACGGCGUUGACGAGCAUAAUGAGUUACUAAAAUAUAAACAGAGCUUUUACAUAAUCAGGAAAACGAUCAACCUUAUAAAAAAUCACUACAGCAACAAAAUCAACAAGACAGACACCCUGCGGGAGAGGGAGCGAAAGCACCUGUCCCACCUAAAGCGGGAAAACGUCAUUCUAGAGGAUAAGUGCACCUUUUACGCUGAACAUGUAGAGGAGCUAAAGAAGAUAUACACAGAGCAGAUAAAAGUUAAGAAUAACAAAAUAGAAAGUCUGCAGGAUGAGUUGGAUAAAACGAGAAAAGGCACAGAGAUUGAAGUCGAGUCCAACAGCACACGAAUACUUAAAUUGCGAGAGGACCAAAUAGAGAGACUGUCGCAGCAACUGGACUCCAUAAACGGCUUGUAUCACAAGCAAGUCGACAGUAACAAAAAAUUAAUGAAGGAGAUAGAAGAACUGAACAAAAGCAUUUUGUACCUUAAUAAUAAAAUACAGGAAGAAAAAAACAACCGCGAUAAUGUGAGGAGGAGGCUCAAAUAUUACAAACGGUACACCAAAAAUAAGAAGCGGUUCAAACUGAACUUCGACCUGAUGGUCGAUGAAGAAGAAAGUGAACGAAGGGACGAAGAGGGGGAUAUUUGCGUGUCUGUCUUAUGUCACUUAAAAACCGAACUAGACAUGAUAGACGAAGAGAAUAAAAAGAAUGCAGACAAGAGAGGAGUCAAUCAUGGGGACAACAAUUGGAAUAAAAACAGAAACAAAUACAUCGAUAAGGAUACAAUAAAAAUUCAGGGCAAUAAUUUUUUUCAAAAAAUAUUCCAAUCAAAUUAUAAAAAAAAAAAAAAAAAAAAAAAAUCCACUCUGUUUGACACAAUUUACAAGAAGCAAUUUUUUUCCUUUUACGAAAAAGCCUUUACUGAAAAUAGCGACGUCAAAUUUGAAAACAAAAAAGUGCUUUCCUCCCCGGGGAAGACUUUAAAAAAAAGAAAUGACGGGUACAGUGGUUUGUACAAGGAGAAAAUUCAAAUGGGGGAAGUCAAAAGGGACACAAUGAGGAGGGACAACUCCGGCAGUAGCAACAGUCACGGUGGCGUUAUUGAGCACAAUGGGGUGGACUCGAAGAAGGGAAAUAAUUCGAACGCCCUAACAUUAAACGAUAUUUAUUUUUACAGCAACUUUGAUGAUAACUUUGAGGAUAAGAAUUUUGAUUACUUCGAUCAGGACGGUCCCAGUUCGGGGCGGCCCUCGGUGGGGGAGGAGAAGCAAAUCAAGCAAAGCGAUGGUAUGGGAUCGAACCAGAUCAAGCGGAGCGAAGAGGGCAAUAAACAAACGUCCGUGGAAAUAGCAGAUGGUAACCCCCAUGGAUGCAUCCCCAGGAAGACAACCCCUACCGUGGAAAAUUCCCCCGCUGAGUUGUAA